GAUGAUGUCGGCCAAGUAUUUCGACAAUUGUGCUAUAUGAGCAUAUUUUUCAAAUACAUAUUUAUAGUUUAUUUUGAAUCCCAGAAAAUUCUCUCUUUCUGUAUAUAGUGCCUGUUUCAGAGGAAAUUGGUUCAGCAAUGAUGAUAAUCAUGAAUAAUAACAAAACGAGUAAAAAUGAAAAAUCUAAUAUAAAAACAAAAAUAUUUGAAUUAGUAGAAAAAUUUAUUAAAAAAUUAGACAACAUUGACAAUAAUGAAAAAUUUAUUAAUGAAGAAAAAAUGAAAUUAUUUUGUACAAGAACACUAAAUCGUCAAGAUUUUUGGGAAUUAAUGAUUAAAAAUGGAAUAUUUACGAAUUAUCAAGAAUUAUUUUUAAUUGCUAACAAAGAAAUAGAAAAUAAAAAUUAUAAUAAAUUAACGAUAAAUCGAUAA